GAACUGAUCACUUGAGAUGACUUUCGGAGAAAGUUCAAAGUGGAGGUCAAGUCGUUUACGUCUGGAGUUUUGUUUCUCGCACCGAGUAGUGAAUUACUGGAAUUCUCUACCGGAACACGUGAUAUCAGCACCUUCUGUUCAUAUAUUUAAAAUGACAUUGGACCUCUACAGUAUUACAAACUGCAAGGAUUAGUAUAGGUCGAUAGACCUCCUAUGCUUAUUACUGGAGACUGAAUUGAUAAGCGCGUAGGUUGAAAGAAGUGGUCUACGACCGAAGGUUGGUUUCGCCUCAACUGACCAGAUAACAGUUUACUCGUAUAAUCUUGAGAUGGACAAUUUAAUAGCAGAUGUAUCAGACAUUGACUUUAUUAUUGAGAGCCAACUAGAAAAUCAAAUUGGAUUGGGAUGUUUGCCUUUCUCAAAUAUGAACAAGUCCGGUGCUGGCGUUUGUCGGUUUUUUAUUAUUAAUCAAUGUCCCCUUAAUAAUUUAUGUCCUUUGAGACAUAUCAAAGCUGACAGAACAGUCGUAUGCAAGCAUUGGCUUCGUGGAUUGUGCAAAAAAGGUGAUGACUGCGAGUUCCUACACGAAUAUGAUAUGACUAAAAUGCCAGAAUGUUACUUUUUUUCGAAAUUCGGAGAGUGUAUGAAUAAAGAAUGUCCAUUUCUUCAUAUUGACCCCGCUUCUAAGGUACAGGAUUGCCCUUGGUAUGAUAGAGGGUUUUGCAGAAACGGUCCUUUGUGCCGAAAUCGACAUGUUAGACGAGUAGCGUGCAAAAACUACAUAAAUGGUUUUUGUCCUAAAGGACGUGAAUGUAAAUAUGCGCACCCUAUAUGGUGGCCCCUUCCAGGAAGUGAUCAAGAUACUCAGAAAAGCCGCUGGAUAUGUCAUUACUGCAAUGAACGUGGACACAAAAUACAAUUUUGCCUCAAACUAUCACCUGAGGAACGUCUUCGACUACAGGAGCAGCAGCGAAUGCAGAAUAUUAGCACUGGUGGCGCAGCGUUGCCUCAACAAGGUGUUAAUCCCGGAUCUCGUUUUGUUUCGGAACGUCUCAAGUUCGGUGGUCUUAUGGGGACCUCACAGGCUGCUCCUACUGGACCUCGACAAGGCCCACAAAAACCACUUGACGAAGUAACAUGUUUCAAAUGUGGAGAGAAAGGACAUUAUGCGAAUCGAUGCAACAAAGGCUAUUUAGCAUUUCUCAGUAAAGUUUCACUACAACCCCAUGAAAUGGAGAGUGCUCGUGGCUGAUGCAGAUGUGAAACUAGAAACCAAUGUAUUGUAACCUGUACAGCUCUUAUCUACAUUUUUUAUUAUUUUCUAAUGAACGAAGCUGAAUUUCUAUGAACUAAGUUUUAGUUUUUGACUGUAGUAGCCUCUUAAAACGUGAAUAUGUAGCGACCCAAUCGUAAAAGUAAAACACCGUAAUUAUCGGCACUUGUCAGUAAAGCGUAUCUGAAGUUUUAAAAAAUAACUUCCUCUAAGAUUUCCCAUAAAAGAAUUUCUAUCGGAAAGUUGUAAACGCUAGUUUGCCAGUCAUAUUUCAUUUAGCUCAAUUGACCUUCACUUCCAAUCCAUAUGAUAGUUUGGAGUUUAAGUUGGUCAUUAUUCCCGGUUAUGGAAAAACAUUUUAUUGCUACAACUUCGAAUGAAACAUUUGUUUUCCCAACGUCUAACUACACGAGCCGAAAGAAAUCCUUAGACACGCAGUGCACACAGAGUUUAACCAUUAAAGUAGUUCCCGCCAAAUUUUCAGACAUAUAUUUACCAAUGCAUGAUAUUAACCAAUAUUAAACUUAAACUGACUAUCAAUGCUACGCAUUAGUAGGCUUAGCUAAUUAGAAACAAUCGUUAUACUUGUGGCCAGUUAAUGACAUGGCACCGCAGUAUUGUAGACAACUACAUAGAACUAGCAUCUGACGAGUCAUCACGGAUCCCCAUUUGGGGUCCUAGAGAUGGUACGACUCUGUAGCUUAAGAUGCUACCAAAUAUAGUUCAAAAUAAGAGCCACUGACGAUUCCGCUGUAGUUUCGUAUCACUUUUUCGUAAGUUAGGUGAACACCUUUAACUGGAUGGUUUCUUUUUUGAGUGUAUUAUCGACUGAACUAUAUCUCUUACUACAUACUGUUUUUAUCUAUUUAUUUAAUGAUUGUACUACGAUUUCCUCCUGUAUUUUUUUGUGGUGCAGUUUUAUUGGUCCUACAUUGUACCGGAAUCUAUAUGCAUGCAAUGAAUAAAAAUAAACUUAUAAUCGGAUUAAACAGCUUAAAUUUUUUUCGUUUAUUAGUGUAAUCUAUUCGACUACAUCAGCCCACUUACUUGCUGUUCAGUUGGUCUGCAUACAUACAUCCAUCCUAGUAUAUUGUGUUAGUGGUAUGUGUUAACAAUUCGAUUUGGACUUUUGUGAUAACACGUUUAAAAUGUCUCGAUAUCAUCAUGUAGACGACGGGUAUGAUCGUCUAAACUGAACCAUGUUUCUUUCCAUUUUGUUAUCAG